CUGCCACGCAGCCACCUCGUGCUCGGCCAAACCGAAGCCGCGUCGGUCGCUGCCGCUAUGUGCAUCACGUACGUCGACGGAACGACCGUGCCGGAAGCGCCGUUGCGGGACGCCGACGACAGCACGAGCAUCGACGCAGACGCCGUCCCGAUCGCUCGCAUGGAACCCAUCGUCCUCUACGCCUUGUGCCAGCUGACGACGUAUCUGUACAGCUCGGCGGUUGACAAGUACGCGCCACUGCUGUCGCUGCUCGUCGACCACGGUGAGCGCGGCGCAGUCUUGGCGAUUGUCGAGUGUGUGUUGCCGCACCUGCCGCGGCUCUCACCGGACGACGUGCAGUCGUUUCUGAAAAACUACGUGGCGUUCAACAAGGACCUCCGCAGCAUCGUGGCCAUGCUGCACACCAACUUGUAUUUUGCGCUGGACCCGCGCCUGCCGCUCGUCGUGCAAUACCUUGCCGACACUGGCAGCGUCGACCGCGAUGAGAUGAUUGCCGUCGUGCAGACGGCGCUUGAACAGAGCUGCUGCGUGCACCCGCUGCUGCUGCCCGCGCUCUGCGACCAAGUGCCCGUGUCGUACGCGGCGACGGCCAAGCACUACGCCGUGGCGACGCUCCAGACCCUCAAGAAGACGCUCUUGUGGCAGGCAAAACCGACCGCCGAGCCGUCGCCCGACGUCGACGGAGUCUGCGCGGUGAUCCGUCGCCACUACCAUGUGCUCCAGUCGCCAACGAUUCUGCAGUACUGGCUCGUCUUGGUGCUCACGAUUCCCGAGUGGUACACGCGUCCCGCCUACCGAGCCGUCGUCGACGCGAUCGUCGCGCUUGCGACGCCGACGAUGCUCUCGGCGCUCGAGGCGCCCUUUUCGCUCUACUACGACGCCCUCUGCCUGCUGCCGGGUGCCCGGAGCUUUGUGCCGCCGCCGACUGCCUCUGUCUGGUCGGUCUUCUCCGGGACGACGGCGACAGACCUCCACUUUUCAUACCUCGCCCUCCUUCUCGAACCCGGCAAGCAAAAGGCCAAGACGAUUGAAAGCCUCCGAGCCAAAGGCCGACUGGCCACAGAGCUGUACGUCUACGGCGUCGAGACGGCGCACCCUGGCGCAUACGGCCAGCGAGACCUCGAAUUUGCUUCGUUUUCGACGCUGCGGCUCUUCCGCGUCGCGCAGAUCGUGCUCGCGUGUCCCAACAAUACGCCGAUGCUCGUGCUGUGGUGGCAGCUGUGGUUUGCUUUGUACUUUGCCUCGAUCGGGUCGACGUUCUUUGGGCAUCACGUGUGGGACCUCGAGGCCAAGCAGCUGCCCCGGCGGUCGCUCCAGGCCAAGCUGCGCCAGCUCUCGGCGCACUUUUCAGCGCAGGUUGUGAGCCACCCGUCGCCGUACGCCAGUGAGCUCGCGCGCCUCUACUCGGCCAUGGACGCGUGGCUCGAAAACACGGACGUCGGUCUCUGGAUGGGGCACAAGGAGAGCUUGCCGCCGCACUACUGCAUCGGCCACGCGACACAGCUGCUCCAACUCAGCCACGUGCUGCUGCACACGUCCGAUACCAUGGAAACGCGGUCCGAGGCGCUCUGCGACCGCGUCGCGCCGCUGCUGUGGGUGCGCCUCUGCCUCCCAGCCGUGACCGUCGCGUCGUCUCCGUCGUCAAAUGCGUCGUCGGCCGUUGCGUCCCCGGUGUCCGUCUUGCCGUCGCUCAGGCCCGUUGUCUGGCCCGAGCCGAUACCGAUGAAGCGAUUCAAAUACCUUCGGUUCUCGCCAAGUCUCCCGACGACACCCGGACCGCUUCCGCUGGAACUCGCCCCGGGUCCGUUUGUCGACCGAGCGAUGCAGUACACGGACGUGCUCUCGCAGCUGACGGCGCUUGAAACGGACUUUGUGGAGAAGCUCGCCAAGCUCUACGUCCCCAAGCUGGUGGUCGUGACCACGUCGGUGCCAUGCGCCGGCCGGAAGGGCAAGGACCCCGCGCCGUGCAAGCGGCCCAGCGUGCUUCGACUCGAGUACACGGAGUGGCACCUCGACGACGCAUCCGCUGACGUCUUGGCCACAUGCCAGCUGCAGGCGACACGGCUCAAUGUUCCGUCGCUGCGCCUGCUCUCGGCACCGAUUGCUGUCGUCGGCGACCGCGGCAACUACCUCCAACUCGGCGCGCUCGACGUUCAGAUUUGUUUUCAGAUCCUUUUGAUCGACUCGGUCGUGGCGCUUUUGACGUCGGACCCGGCGGCGUGGCAGGCGCAGGGUGUCGCUUGGUUCCAUGCCCUCCUGCAUCUCGACUCAAAGGUCGUGCGCCGGUGCCCGCCCUUCCAAGAGGUGCUCUGGCGAUCUAUCCAGGCGCUCGGCGUCGCGUUCAUUGGCGUCGACCAAGAAGAGACGAGUGGCCUCUUGCGGUUCAUGCUACAGGACCCGGCGCGCGUCGUCCUUCUCAGCGACUGCUUCUUCCCCAACAACACGCCGACGCGCUUCGUCGAAUACUUUGCGACCGUCAUGUACCACACGCCCGACUUGUCGACCGACGACCGGCUCCAGCUGCUCCGGCGCUUUGACAUUGCCAAGUGGCUGCAGGCGUCGCCGACGAUCUUUGACCGAGACACGCUCCUCUCGAUCGUGCUCGCGGAGCUCGUGCUCGGACAACCGAGCGCCGAGGUCCACCGCAUGCACGCCAAGACGCUCCACACGCUCUGCAGCUUAUUCCUCGAAGAGCACGUGGACAAGGUGCUCUGCGCUCUCCUCGGUGUCUACGACCAGUACUACGCGCCGGACCUGCAGGCCAUGCGCACGUACUUUGAGUGCUCGUCGUCCGUUUCGACCAGCAAGCCGCUCGAUGUCGGUCUCUGGCAGGCCGUCGCGCACGUCCCAAACGAGCUCUGGGCCGACUUGCCGCUCGAGACGCUGCAGCUGCUCGUCGAACGCGUCACGUCGCAUGUGCUGGCGCGUCGCAGCGCCGGGCACGACCGCUUGCUCGCGCAGCAGGACUGGAAAAAACACGGCGACGACAGCCACAGUGCGAGCGCCGAUGUGUACGAGCUCUCGCAGUGGCAAGCUGCGCAUGUGCUCAAGCCGUGUCUGGACCUCGUCGUUGUCUGGGUGCGCGCUCAAGCGACGGCCGAGAUGAUGUGGUCAAUUACGUCCAAGGUCUUUGAAGCGAUGCUGCAGGUGCUGUACAUGCCGUCGGCGCCGGAGCCCGUCCGGGCCCUCGCACCGUGGCCAUCCACCGACGACGCAACACCAGCGACGGUUGCGUCAUCGCUGUGGUCGUGUCUCCAGUCCUUCCUUGAGCGCGACACGAUGGCGAUGCAGAUCAAACUCGACUGCAUCUGGUCGCUCAUGUGCAAUGUGCUCUGGCCGCACGCGCCCGACAGCCUCGUCAAGGCGUACGUCCCCCUCCUCGGCCGCGUGCCGUGGGACCAGUGGGCGCUGCACGAAGAGACGCUCAACACGAUGAAGGACUGCUUGACCGUGUCGACGGCCAGCAUGGUGACCGCGUACGCGAUCAAGUUUCAGUCGCCGCUGCGACUACACGUGCUGCUCGUACUACGCGACAUGCUGAGCCGAUCGCCAUGGCCGUCCACGUACCUCGACGCGCAGCCGGCGCACGUCCAAUCGUCGUUUUUCGUCAAGUACCACCUGCUGCUCAUCCACGUGGCCGUCCACCACCGCGACCACACGCUGCCGCGGUCGUUUGCAUCGUUUUUGAGCCACCCGCGGCGACUCGCGCGGCCCAUCAAAAGCGCCGAAGUCGACGCCGUCGCCAACGGAUGCCGGGCGCUGCUGCUGCACCCAACGCUGCUGUGUGCGCCCGUGGACGCGGUGGCAGAUGCGCAUGCGCGGUACGUGGCAGCGCUGCGCUUGCUCUUGAGUCUCUGCGGCCUCGACCUUGCCGAGCGUCAAGGCGACGAGCUCAAGAAGGCGUCAACCCUCCUCCACUUGCUAGCGCUGCUGCUGCACCCGACGGGUCCCGACUGGAAGCUCGCGCGGGAUGCUGUCGGCCACCACAACGUUUACGCUGCCGUCGUUGCGUCGCUAGCCAGCGCCGCGGCCGUCGUCACGUACGACGUCCUCUCGCUUCUGCACGUCCACCGAUCCAACUUUGAAGCCGUCUUCAAGCCCGAGCACCUCCAGAGUUUGUACGCCGACGUCUUUCGCAUGGCCAACGUCCCGGUCGUCGACGGUGCGUUCCAGCAGCGACUCGCUGUCGCCCACACGUGGAUGGGGCUCGGCGACGCGCUGCAUACGGUCUGCGACGAGCUGCGACCAAGCGAAGCCAGCGCCGUACCACUUCUGGAAGGGCAUGUCGAGGUUUUGGCUCCAAUGGCGUCGGUCGGUGCGAUCGUGGCGUCAAUGUUGCUGUCGCUGGCAACCCUCCACGAGCUCGAGAGCGUCAAGGCGGCGUGCGCGGCCGUUGCGUCGGUGCAUGUGAUGGCGUCGCUGUGCGAGCGCAGUUUGGCGUCAUACGUGACCAAGGGCCUCUCAUGGCAGCCCAUCGUCGUCGACGGCGUCAAGGUCCCCGAGCUCAGCGCCGUCGAAUUUGUCGCGUCGUGCUUGGAGCGCUACACGUUUCUACCGCUUGUCGCCUACUGCUUGCAGCAGGACGCCGCCGUUGCCAAGGCGCCGUGGCAAGAGAAACCGCCGCUUGAGCUGCAGCUCUGCGCGCGCUUCGUCGAGUACGUCGAGCGCGCGUGCAGCGUCGACGACCACAUGCCCAGAGAGGCGGAGCCCGCGCUGCUCUUUCUGUGUACCACUCUGUUUUGUCUUGUACUGCGGCUCGAGUCGGUGGCGAUGGCCUUCAAGCAAGACAUGCUAUCCCGGGUACUUCGCAAAGUUGUGAUCUGUCGGCAGCAUCGACACAGCAAGUGCAGCUUCAAACACUUCAUCACAACCAGGAUUUAACAUGAUGCGAGGCUGUAAUGAAGAUUCUUGAC